CCUAAAGAAGUGUAUUUGAUGCCUACAUACUCUCCUUUUUUGUUCCAGACGCAGGAUCUUGGAACGCAGAACCGAACAAAAGUGAAUGUUCCCGAUCAUGUCCUUUAUGCUGUAGGCUCUUGUGUUCUUGUAAUUGGUUCUAUUGGGAUUACAGGAAACCUCCUUGUCCUCUAUGCAUUUUUCAGCAACAAGAGGCUGAGGACUCCUGCAAACUAUUUCAUAAUGAAUUUAGCAGCAAGCGAUUUCCUGAUGUCUGCAACUCAGGCUCCCAUCUGCUUUCUCAACAGCAUGCACAGAGAAUGGGUACUUGGAGACAUAGGUUGUAAUUUUUACGCUUUUUGUGGGGCACUUUUUGGAAUAACAUCAAUGAUGACCUUGUUAGCUAUUUCAGUUGAUCGCUACUGUGCAAUUACUAAGCCUCUGCAGUCCAUAAAAAGAACUUCAAAGAAGCGUUCGUGCAUAAUCCUUAUAUUUGUCUGGCUCUACUCACUGGGAUGGAGCAUGUGCCCACUCUUCGGAUGGAGUUCCUAUAUACCAGAGGGUUUGAUGAUUUCCUGUACAUGGGACUAUGUAACUUAUUCACCAAAUAACAGAAGUUAUACCAUGAUGCUGUGUUGCUGCGUGUUCUUCAUCCCUCUGAUCAUCAUCUUCUAUUGCUAUAUAUUCAUGUUUAUGGCAAUAAGAAGUACUGGCAGAAAUGUCCAGAAAUUAGGAUCCAGCUAUAACCGGAAAUCCUCUGUCUCGCAUUCCAUAAAGAGUGAAUGGAAAUUGGCAAAAAUCGCCUUUGUGGCCAUUGUAGUUUUCGUCCUGUCCUGGUCUCCAUAUGCGUGUGUUACACUGAUUGCGUGGGCAGGCUAUGCCAAGAUCUUAACUCCAUAUUCCAAAUCUGUGCCUGCAGUUAUCGCCAAAGCUUCUGCAAUCUACAAUCCCAUAAUCUAUGCAAUCAUUCACCCAAGAUACAGGAGAACCAUUCGAAGUGUUGUUCCAUGCUUAAGAUUUCUUAUACGGAUAUCAAAAAGUGAUCUUUCAACAAGUUCUAUAAAUGAAUCAUCAUUCAGGGCUUCUGUGUCCAGCCGCCACUCUUUCACUUCUAGGAACAAGAGCGGUUGUGUUUCCUCCAUUUCUGCUGCAGAAACAGUAUGGAGUGAUGUGAAGCUUAACACUGUAGAGACAGUCCAUACGAAACUGCAACCCUAUCGAAGCAGCUCUCUUUCAGAAAAAGCAGAAGAUGAAAAGAGCGAGCUGCUUCUGAAGGCCCACAGAAGCAAUGCAGCAGCUGAAGAAAAGGUUGCAAUGUCCUGCAUCAGUCUAGAGAAAACCCUUGGAAGAUCCCUCGGAGUGCACAUCACAGAAAUGCCUCUCAUGAGCAAUUGCUUAAAAACAUCUUCUCUUCCACUUGGCUUGAAUAGUAGCAGUACUGGGGAGAGUACAGACACUUCUCAAGCAGAAGCUCAAGAAAAUGAAAUAAAUGAAAGUCUGGACUCCUUCAUAAGCCCCAGCCUUCCACAAAUUAUUAUCAUACCUACCUCAGAGACCACCUGCUCUGAAGGGCAAGCUGAGCCAAAAAAUGGACCAGAGGAGACCACUGAUUUACUUUUCUCUCAAGGGAAGAAUCACCUGUUGGACAUAGGAAGGCUCAGCUCCUCCACUGACCUCCUUGAAGCAGUUGAGAAGCUCCUGUCCUAA